CAGUGUUGUGUGACUUCCAGAUAGCCAAAGGCCAGAGUUUUAAAGCAAAUCCAUUCUAUUUUUGCUUAAGAAAACAGUGAUCAACAAGAAUUUCAGAAAUGUCUAGCCCUGCAAAAGUUUUGGAUCCUGCCUUCCAGGGAGUCGGUCAGAAAAUGUAUCCUCUAGGGACUGAAAUAUGGCGAAUUGAGAAUUUUCAACCUGUUCCAGUACCUAAGUCAGACUAUGGAAAGUUCUACUCGGGAGAUAGUUACAUUGUCUUGCAGACGUCACCUGGCAAGGGAGGUGCUUAUCUCUAUGACAUACACUUCUGGAUUGGAAAAGAUACAAGUCAGGAUGAGGCUGGCACAGCAGCUAUGAAAACCGUGGAACUUGACACAGCCCUUGGAGGGCGUGCUGUCCAGCACAGAGAACUUCAAGGCCACGAAUCUGAUAAGUUCUUGUCGUACUUUAAACCUUGCAUUAUGCCAUUGGAGGGUGGUGUUGCAUCUGGAUUUAAAAAACCUGAGGAAGAAGAGUUUGAAACGCGGUUGUAUAUCUGUAAAGGAAAGCGGAUUGUUAGGUUGAAGCAGGUUCCUUUUGCCCGGUCUUCACUGAAUCAUGAUGAUGUCUUUAUACUAGACACUGAGAAAAAGAUUUAUCAGUUUAAUGGUGCAAACUCUAAUAUUCAGGAAAGGGCAAAGGCUUUGGAAGUAAUUCAGUUUCUAAAAGAAAAGUAUCAUGAAGGAAAGUGUGAUGUUGCUAUUGUUGAUGAUGGGAAGCUAGAUACUGAGUCAGACUCGGGUGAGUUCUGGGUCCUCUUUGGUGGUUUUGCUCCAAUUGCGAAGAAGGUUGCCAAUGAAGAUGAUAUUGUUCCUGAGAGAACUCCUGCUACACUUUAUUGCAUAUCUGAUGGGGGGCUGCAGGCAGCUGAGGGUGAAUUAUCCAAAGGCAUGUUGGAAAACAAUAAAUGCUAUCUAUUAGAUUGUGGUGCUGAGGUAUUUGUUUGGGUUGGCCGGGGAACACAAGUGGACGAGAGAAAAGCUGCCAGUCAAGCAGCUGAGGAAUUUGUUACUAGCCAGAAUAGACCAAAGUCAACCCAUAUAACACGUGUCAUCCAAGGUUAUGAGACAUAUGCGUUCAAGUCAAACUUUGAUUCAUGGCCAGCAGGGUCUCUAACUCCAGGUGCUGAGGAGGGAAGAGGAAAAGUAGCAGCUUUGCUGAAGCAACAAGGUGUUGGUAUCAAGGGCAUGACCAAAAGUACUCCUGUAAAUGAGGAAGUCCCACCUUUGCUUGAAGGAGGGGGCAAAAUUGAGGUAUGGCGCAUUGAUGAUGGCGCCAAGAUUCCUUUGCCUAAAGAGGAUAUUGGUGAAUUUUAUAGUGGAGAUUGCUACAUUGUGCUCUAUACCUACCACUCAGGUGAUAGGAAAGAAGAUCACUUUUUGUGCUACUGGGUUGGGAAAGAUAGCAUUGAGGAGGACCAGAAGAUGGCUGCUCAGUUGGCUAACACAUUGUUCAACUCCCUAAAGGGGAGGCCUGUUCUGGGUCGCAUAUUUGAUGGUAAAGAACCACCACAAUUCAUUGCACUCUUUCAACCUAUGGUGGUCUUUAAGGGUGGUUUGAGCUCUGGUUACAAGACAUCCAUAGCAGAUAAAGGUUUGGCCGAUGAAACUUAUGCAACAGAUUGUGUUGCCCUCUUUCGGGUUUCAGGAACAUCAGUUCAUAAUAAUAAGAUAUUGCAAGUUGAUGCGGUAGCAACAUCAUUGAACUCUUUAGAGUGUUUGCUUCUGCAAUCUGGCUCUUCAAUGUUCCUUUGGCAUGGAAGUCAAAGCAGUCAUGAGCAGCAGCAAGUGGCUGCAAAAGUUGCUGAAUUUUUGAAGCCAGGAGUUACUCUGAAACAUGCUAAGGAAGGAACAGAGACCUCCCCCUUUUGGUUUGCCCUUGGAGGGAAACAGAAUUAUACAAGCAACAAGGUCUCCAAUGAGGUUGUUAGGGAUCCCCAUUUGUUCACAUUCUCAUUCAAUAAAGCUUUCAUUCAAGUUUUAAAAAACUAUAUUAGUAUUCUAACUGUUUUUCUUAUGAUUAUAUACAUGUGUUUCCACAUUGAUGUCCCAGGAAAGUUUGAGAUUGAGGAAGUUUAUAACUUUACUCAAGAUGAUCUCUUGACUGAGGAUAUUUUGAUACUUGACACACAUGCCGAAGUGUUUGUUUGGAUUGGUCAGUCAGUAGACGCCAAAGAGAAGCAAAAUGCUUUUGAGAUUGGCCAGAAAUAUGUACACUUGGCCACUUCUCUUGAGGGAUUGUCUCCAAAAGUUCCAUUAUAUAAAGUCACAGAAGGAAAUGAGCCUUGCUUCUUCACAACAUUCUUUUCAUGGGAUCCUGCAAAGGCGACGGUAUCUGGAAACUCAUUUCAGAAGAAGGUAGCAUUACUCUUUGGUGCAAGCCAUGCUGUAGAGGUAAGUGCUUGUUUCAAAUUAUGCAUGGAAUUUGCUUUCCAAGCAAAUUGGUUACAAAAUCUUCUAUGAAAUGUGUUUUUGACCUUUCGCUAUUUGAAGUUCUUUACUAACAUGUAGAGAAAGUAGGAUUGUAAAGAUCAACUGGAAUUUAACCCUUAUAGUUUUCUUCAUAUGAAAAGUAACCUAUGAAGAUAGGUAUAUUCCAGAGUUCGAAUCGUGAAUAAGAAUAUGUUCCAGUGUAUCCUUGUUGAAAUUGUUAGAUGUGGUUUCUUUUCCCAACUUGUAGAUACAGGUUCUCUUCAGGCUUCCUGUGGUCAACUUCUCAGUUUUAAUAACUGGAAAACAUAGAAUUACGGAUUUCUUCUGGAGAUAAGGAACCCCAUAUCUUGACACUGUUCCGAGAACAGUAUUUUGAUUAAUGAUUUUAUGGAAUUACCUUCGUCAUUAGUAUCUAAAUUAGUUUCUCAACUGAUGUAUUCUAUAUACUGAUACAGGAGAAGUCCAAUGGGAACCAAGGGGGUCACACUCAAAGGGCUUCAGCAUUAGCUGCCUUAUCUUCGGCAUUUAAUCCAUCCUCCACAAAAUCAACCUCUACAGCUCAGGAUAGAUCCAAUGGAAAUCAGGGACCAACCCAAAGAGCUUCAGCUUUAGCUGCUUUAUCUUCGGCAUUUGGUUCUUCAUCAGCAACAAAACCAAUUUCCCCUCCUCUGAGGCCAGCAUAUCUGUCAGAAGAGGAGUUUGAGACAGUGUUUGGAAUGACAAAAGAAGCAUUCUAUAACCUGCCAAGAUGGAAGCAAGACUUAACAAAGAAGAAAUUUGAUCUGUUCUAGAGACCAAGCUCGGUCAUUUGCCUGCUUCCUCCACGUUCUGACUACCAAUACCUCAUUUCAUUCUCUGUGCCUGAAACUCAUGGUCUCAUUGGUACACUCCAUACAUAUAUUGCCAUGGUCUACUUGCCAUUUCUUAUGAACUUAGCUAUAGCUUUGGUGUUGAUAUCGGAAUUUGAUUGUGAUGCAUCGUGACAUGAAGAGUGAUUCUCCAUUUCUUUUGCCUGGUAAUGAUCACAUUAGUUUGUAGUUGCAAAAUACAGACAGGAAGACAAAAUUCUUUUAUUUGGUUGGUAAUUGUUAUGUAUCCUCUCAUCUUGUGGUUAUUUCAUGUUUUGAUUUUGUUAAAAGAAGGUGGUGUAUAUUGUCUUUGCUUUUGUAUUGAAUAUUUUGAACUCCCAUAUAUGGAAAAUAUGUUGUUUGCCCAUAUGGAUAAAAAUAUUUAAAUUAU